AUGACGUGUGAAGACAUUGUUACAGAUAGUCUAGGAUUGUGCGUAAACCGUCCUUGUGGAAAUGGAACAUGUACAAACAAUUGUGUGUCCUUUACGUGCAGCUGUUUUUCUGGAUACCAUGGAAACCUAUGUGAAUUUGAAUGUGGAUAUGGUACAAACUGCACUAAACUUUGUGGGCAGUGUAAAGAUGGCGUCGGAAAUUGUGAUCACGUGACUGGUGUAUGCUCGAAAGGCUGUGACGAUUGGUAUAUUGGCAAUAACUGUGACAUUAAAUGUCCCGAAGGGAUUUGUGGAACAAACUGUACAGAAAUUUGCAGGGAAAUGACCUCCACUAGGAAUAAUCAAAGCCAGCAUUGUGAUGAGUGUUGUGCUCUCUGCUUAACAGAUAGUGAAGAAUUGGAAGUGACCAAAGCCCCUCAUUCUAGUGGGAAAUGCAGUUUAGAAGUGUAUGGCUUGUUGGCUGCACUAAAAGUGUCACUUCUGAUACAUUUUGGAGUCUUUAUUAUGUAUUUCCUAAGAUUAAGGCUAAAUAAGAAGGACAUCUUAUCGGGGACAACUCCAAUGUAUGUUAAAUUUAAGAUCGCGGAGUCAUCAGUUGAACAUCUGAAUCAGGAAGAGCAAUCAACAGCGGAAAUUAACAUUUAUUAUGAAUCAUUACAGAACAGUGCAAGUGCUCAGGAUAUACAUAAUUAUGCGUCAUUGGGAAAAUGAGAAACAGAAGUCAUAGAUGUGUUAUAACUUAUAAAGCAUGAUAUGUUCAUAGCUGUGGACUCUGUGAUACAUGUGUACGUGAUAUUUUGAUCGUGUUGAUUUUUUUUUCAAUUAAUUGUGAUUUGUGUCAUUUUUUUUUUUACAGU